UCAUGUGGUUGUUUGGGUCAUGAGGUUAACUUUUCCACGAAGUACAUUUCUUGUAAAACCGAUUUUCAGAAAAGAUUUCAUGUUUAUGCAGCUUUGACCGAACUAAACAAAAGAAUCAAAGUGCAUUACGAACACUACAACAUUAUUUUGGACCUCGGAGAACUGGAAGAAUCAAAUUUAGGGACGAUAUGUGAGUACUGAACUGAAGGAAUAUCAUUUGCAAAACAGACAGAAAAGUGAAGUUCCGGUCUUCCUAACGUUUGUAUUUUGACCGUGUAUUCGUCGUUGUGUACUCGUUCAGUGUAUUUUUAUGACAAGAUUAGUAGCUAUAGUUGUGCACGAAAUACUGAGUACAUCAACAUUAACAACUCUUACAGAAAUGACACAAAAGCUGUUCAAAAAUCUGUUAUCAACAAGAAUCUCACAACAAGAUCUACAAAUUUCACAGCGACCACCAGGCACUUGAUCUCAAGUUUUUAACAAACAAACUAAAGUGCUAUCAUGAGUUAUCACGGAGACAACAAUAAAUUCUGUGAAAUAUACACGAAGGUUUGCUUGGAGAUAGCAGGACAUAUAACUAAAGACAAAUUAAGACAGAUGAAAUUUUUGCUCUGCGAUCUAACUUCAGGCAUUAGUAUUCAUGAUAAUAAGACAUUUCUUGAUUUGAUACAAAAGCUCGAAAAUGAAAACAAACUUAACAAAGAUACGCCUGGAGAGAACGAAGCAUUUCUAUUUGCUGAGAUUCUUGAUGCAGUAUCGUUGAACAAUGUUGCUGAUAAAGUCCGUACAAAAUUUGAAGUUCAGGGAGGCCCUUCUAAAGAGAAAAUUACAUCAUUCAGAAAACUUCUUGUGAAGCUGUCAAAUGAAUUUGAAGGAGAUCAAGUUAUACAAAAAAUGAAUGAAUUUUUGCAAGAAUGUGUGCCCCCGGAUACCAGUACCUCCCCUAAAGAAAAGAUUUGUGCAUUAGAUAUUUUUCAGGCCUUGUUUGAAAAUUGCAUUAUCUCUCCUAAAAAAUUAUCAAAGCUGAAAGAGCUUAUGCAAUAUUGCUCCAAGAAACACUUGAUCGAGCACAUCGAUAAAUUCAUUGAAAAUGGUGGCUCGUUUGUAAAAGCGUCAUAUGGUUUAAGAAAUCUCCCACGAAAUAUGAUCAAGAGACCCAAAAAAGUAGAGGAGAUUAUUCACCUGUUAAAACGGUUGAAGACAGUAGGAUGGGAGACGUUGCAGGACAAAGCAUAAGCAUUGUUGGAAUUCGCGGUAUGGGAGGACUGGGAAAGACUAUUCUGGCCCUGGAUGUAGCUUGGACUGUUUCACAUACUCGUCAGGUUAUAUGGCUUGAUGUAGGUCAAAAUCCUGAUUGUCUAACACUGGUAAACACUCUUAUCAAGACUUUGGGUGGAACUGAAUCGUUCAGCAAUAUCAACACUGCUCAAACAUGGCUGAGAAAUAAUCCUGUAAAUGAAAGCACCUUAGUCGUCCUUGAUGAUGUAUGGAAUGUUGAAUAUGCUAACGUUUUUGAUAGUCUCUCAGGGAAAUGUCAAAUGUUAAUAACGGCAAGAGAUGCCGACGUCCUUCAUGGCUUGAUUUCUUCUGCAGUGUAUGACCUAAAACAUAUGACAAAGGAUGAGUCACGAUCUCUUCUAUAUUUGACAGCACAUGUAGAACCUAAUGAAAAAUUCUUGUCUGGUACGAACAUGCAGCAAAUCGUAGAAGAGCUUUUAGAUCAAUGUCGGAAUUUGCCACUUGCUUUGACUCUGGUGGGUUCGAUCUUAAUCGAUUCCAAAUCAGAAGAAGAUUGGCAGGACGUCUUAGAUGACUUUAAAAACGCCGACUUGGAGAAAUUGAGAUCAAAUUUCUCUAAAGACCGUUAUCCUCAUGACAAUCUAUUGAAAGCCAUGCUCGUUAGUUUUGAAAGACUAAAAGAACUAGAAAAAGAGAAAUUCCUUGAUUUCGCUAUUUUUCCUGAAGACACAGAUUUGCCUUCUGACAUACUUAUUAUGUUCUGGACAGAAGAACCAGAAGAAGAUGAGAGCCGGAAAGUGUUGGAUAGCGAUAGAAAAGGAAGAGAUAUAUUACGAUCGCUCGAGAAGAAGUCUCUACUUCAAAAAGGAUCGACACAAAACAGCUUUCGUAUUCAUGACGUUCUUAUGGAUUUUGCCAAAGCAACACUGGGAAAAAGAUUUAAACAUGUGCAAAAGUCGUUCUUGAAAAUACUUCGCAGUCGAUGUGAAAAUCGUGAAUGGGACAAAUUUAUAGGAAAUAGGAAUUACUUUUUCAAUUUUCUCCCUUUUCAUUUAAAUUCAGCGCAAAUGUGGGAAGAACUUCUUCGACUUUUCUUUGACUUUCACUGGUUGUAUCAGAAGGUGAAACAGACAAAUAUGCCAUCCUUGAUAUCAGAUUUUCGUUUUAUUGGCAAUGAAUCAUACGAGAUCAAACUCCUUAAAUCCUCUUUGAUGCUAUCGGCUGACGUCAUGGAAAAAAACCCAGACUUUAUCGGCCCACAGCUUCUGGGAAGACUUUUGCCUUACGUUAAUGACUACCAAAGAAUACGUGAGCUGUUGGAGAACGUUCGUAAAACGUGCUUGCACAAGAAUUGCCUUCUACCUUUAUUUGCUUGUCUUUCUGAGCCAGUGGGACCACUUUUGAGAAUACAGACAAAUAUAAAGGACGGUGUAUUUUCUUUAGUAACGAAGAUUAGUUCAACUGGCACGCUGGUUAUUUCAGCACUUGCAAAUAAGCUCAUCAAAAUCUUUGAGCUGGAAACUGGUAAAGAAUUAAAGGUUCUCAAAGGACAUGAUAUGUCGGUAUGCUGCUUAGCUUUAUCACACGGUGGAACAAUCCUUGCCUCGGGAUCAACUGAUACAAAAGUUAAACUUUGGAACAUGGACGUCUAUGCUGAGAAACAUGAUUUAUCUGGAGAAGGAGGCUUUGUAAAUGCAUUAGACUUUAGCACCGAUGAUGUUUAUCUAUAUACUGGAUCUAAUGAUGGAAAACUGAGAGUGUGGCAUGUGGAUACUGGAAGACUGCAUAUGACCAUAGAUGCUCAUGCUGAUCAAAUACGUGGCCUUUGUUCAACGACAGAUGAGAAGUAUAUCGCAACAGCUUCUUAUGAUAAAACCAUUAAGUUGUGGAGCACUGACAAUUUUCAGUGCUCUGAAGAAAGAGUACUAAAAGGGCAUUUGGACAUAGUGUAUUGCGUUGUUUGUGUUGCUCAAUCAACAAUUGAAGGGGAGAAACACUUUCUUGUAUCAGCGUCAGGUGAUAAAACCAUAAAGAUUUGGGAUCUACAUAAUUUUAAUGAGAUACGGACUCUCAAAGGUCACCAGGCAGAAAUUUACAACAUUGCUAUCAGUUCUGAUGCGAAACACAUAGUUUCUGGAGGAGCAGACAAGAUAAUGAGAUUAUGGUGUUUUGAAACAGGAAAAUUACUUUUCAAUUUUAAAGGGCAUAGCCAGUCAAUCAGAUCCGUAAAAAUUAGUCCAGACGGUAAAAAAGCGUUGUCUGGCUCACAGGACAAAAGCUUUCGGGUUUGGGAUUUAGAAGCAAACCUCAAAGAGGAAAGAUCACGUGGUCAUUCUCAAGAUGUCAUUCGCAUUGCAGUUACUCUGGAUGGUUCCUUAUGUGUUUCGGCAUCAAUGGAUGGAAACUUUAAAAUUUGGGAUUGUGAAAAUGGAAAAGAGCUCUUUACCUUGAAAGGUAAAAAAAGAAGAGCAGUUUACGUGAAAAUCUCUCCAAACGAUCGUCGUUGUGCCAGCAUUGGAAAGGAUUCAACAUCUUCAAUCAUUCAGCUUUGGGAUCUAAAUUGUGGUACAGAAAUGUCAUGUUUAGAAGUGGAUAAUAAUACACCUGAAGUACUUUGUUUCAACUCUACUGGAAAAAAAAUUAUAAUAGGUUGUAAGAAUGAUCAGAUUUUAAUAUGGUCUUGGGAGAACUUCAACAAUCCAGUUCAUUCUAUCACCAUGCCAGUGUUUACCACCACGUCAGUAGUCUGUCACAAAGAGAAAAUAUACACGUGCAGUAGAAAUAUGGAAGUUUGUCAAAUUGAUCUCAGCUCAUUAACGCCAAGACUGACCUGUCAAGGACCAAGUCCAAAAUGGACUUCUAUGGGGUUUUUACCUAAUGCUGAGGCUGUUCUUUGUGGAAACCAGUCAAAUAGUUCAUUUAUCUAUUGGGAAACGUCGACAAAACGCGAAAUUAAUCAUUUUGCAGGUCACCCUGAAGAAUCCAUGGUUACAGCAAUUGAUGUUACAUCUGAUGGUGGAGUCCUGACAGGAAGCAGUUUAGGAACAAUAUCAUAUAUGGAUUUAAGCUCAGAUAGUAAAACAUUUCAAAAAUUUCAAAGCACGAUAAACAAUGCCGCAGUACAUUUACUUUGUAUGUUGGGAGACAGAACAGGUUUUGGAAGUAUCGACAUAGACAACAAUGUUGAAAUCAGGAGUCGCCAAAAUAAAAGAGAGUUGAAAGAUGUCAACCAGAGCAAAAAAUAAACUGUGUUACUUCCAUUGACAAGAAGUCUUUGUUGUUUGGUUGUAACAAUGGCGAACUGCUAUUGCUCUCAUUUUUAGAAGAUGGAAGAAAUUAUGGGCAGCAUCGACAUAAAGCUUAUUCUGAAGCUGUAACUCAAGUAAAAAGACGUGAAGAAACAUCUCGCUUCUUUGUAUCAGGAUCAGCAAGAGGUUUGGUUAACCUUUGGUACGUUCCAAAUACAAACGUAUGGACACGACUAUGGUCUCAUAACAUUGGCAGUUCUCGUCCUAUUUC